AUGGCUAGAGUCUCGUCGCCCCGGAGCCUGGACCACAUCGACCUGUCCACUCUGAGGGAUCCGGCAGGAAUAUUUGAACUAGUGCAAGUCGUUGGAAAUGGCACCUAUGGACAAGUGUAUAAGGGUCGCCAUGUGAAGACUGGACAGCUAGCAGCCGUCAAAGUCAUGAGUGUUACAGAGGAUGAAGAAGAAGAAAUCAAAAUGGAAAUCAACAUGCUUAAGAAAUAUUCCCAUCACAGGAACAUUGCGACCUACUAUGGUGCAUUCAUAAAGAAGAAUCUUUCCGGCCACGAUGAUCAGCUCUGGCUGGUGAUGGAGUACUGUGGAGCAGGCUCAGUGACUGAUUUAGUGAAGAAGACCAAAGGUAACUCCUUUAAAGAAGACUGGAUUUCUUACAUCUGCCGUGAGGUCCUUCGGGGCCUUUCCCAUCUUCAUAUGCACCAUGUCAUUCAUCGGGACAUCAAAGGACAAAAUGUCCUCCUGACUGAAAACGCUGAAGUAAAACUGGUGGAUUUUGGAGUGAGUGCCCAGCUGGACCGGACCGCCGGUAGAAGGAACACCUUCAUUGGGACGCCAUAUUGGAUGGCGCCAGAGGUGAUCGCGUGUGAUGAAAACCCUGACUCGACCUACGAUUACAGAAGCGACUUGUGGUCCCUUGGAAUCACCGCCAUGGAAAUGGCCGAGGGCGCUCCGCCCCUCUGUGAUAUGCAUCCCAUGAGAGCUCUCUUUCUCAUCCCCCGGAAUCCUCCUCCCAAACUGAAAUCUCGAAAAUGGUCUAAGAAGUUCCUCAACUUUAUCGAAAAUUGCUUGGUUAAAAAUUACAUACAUCGUCCCUCCACCGAGGCUCUGUUGAGGCAUUCGUUCAUUCGAGAUCUGCCAAAUGAACGACAAGUUCGGAUCAUGCUCAAGGAUCAUCUGGAUCGAACCAAGAAGAAGAAAGAUAAAGAUGAAACUGAAUAUGAAUACAGUGGAAGUGAAGGUGAAGAGGAGGAAGAAGAAGAGGAAGAGGAAGAAGAGUUAAAUGAAGACCAAGGAGAGCCCAGCUCCAUAGUGAAUCUUCCUGGUGAAUCUACCCUCCGAAGAGAGUUUCUCAGGCUGCAGCAGGAAAACAAGAAAAGCCCACUUUCCAAGGAGCAACAACUGAAACGAGAACAGCAGCAGCAACAGCAACUGAUGUGGCAACGUUUGGAGAAGGAGCAGAGAGAACUACAGCAGAAACAGCAAGAUCUGCAGCAGAAGCAGCAAAAUCUGCAGCAGAAGCAGCAAGAUCUAAAGCAGAAGCAGCACGAUCUGCAACAGGAGCAGGAAGCUCUUCAGCAGGAGCAGCAAGCUCUUCAGCAGGAGCAGCAAGCUCUGCAGCAAGGCCAGCAAGUUUUGCAACAAGAAAAGCAAACUCUGCAGCAGAGCCAGCAAAACCUGAAACAGGACCAGCAAGCUUUACAGCUGGACCAGAAAGAUCUGCAGCUGGACCAGGAAGCUCUGCAGAAGGACCAGGAAGCCCUGCAGCAGGACCAAAAAGCCCUGCAACAGGACCAGAUAGCCCUGCAGCUGGACCAGAAAGCCCUGCAGACGGACCAGCAAGCUCUGCAGCCAGACCAGAAAGCUCUGCAGCAGGAGAAACAGGCACCAGAGCUACUGCCUAAGCCUCAGAAACCUCCGCUAUUGCCAAAGCUGCAACUACCACAGCAAUCAGAGCCUCAUCAGGAACAGCAGCCACCAAAACAGGAGCAGCAGCUACCAAAGCAGGGGCAGCAGCCACCAAAGCAGGGACUGCAGCCACCAAAGCAAGAACAGCAGCCACCAAAGCAAGAGCAGCAGCCACCAAAGCAGGAGCAGCAGCCACCAAAGCAGGAGCAGCAGCCACCAAAGCAGGAGCAGCAGCCACCAAAGCAGGGGCUGCAGCCACCAAAACAAGAGCAGCAGCCACCAAAGCAAGAGCAGCAGCCACCAAAGCAAGAACAGCAGCCACCAAAGCAGGGGCAGCAGCCACCAAAACAGAGCCAGCAGCCACCAAAGCAGGGGCUGCAGCCACCAAAGCAGGAGCAGCAGCCGCCAAAGCCAGGGCAGCAGCUGCCAAAGCCGGGGCAGCAGCCACCAAAGCCGGGACAGCAGCUGCCAAAGCCGGCAUCCCGACAGCAGGUACAACAAGCUCCAGACCAUCACUGGUUGCAUUUUCCACCAAAGCCCAACCAUCACCACACACAGCUGCUACCAAAGCAUCUAGCCUAUUUCCAGAUACAGCAGUCAUCACAUAUGUCAACCCAUCACCACACACAGCUGCUGUCGAAACAUCACCUACAGCAACCAUCAAAGGUGUCGGUCCAUUACCAGGUACAGCAUCCACCAAAAGUGCUAGUCCAUCACCAGACGCAGCAGCCACCAAAGGUGCCACCUCAUCACCAGGCCCAGCAGCCACCAAAGGUGCCGCUCCAUUACCAGUCCCAGCAGCCACCAAAGGUGCCACCCCAUCAGCAGGCCCAGCAGCCACCAAAGGUGCCACCACAUCUCCAGAUGCAGCAGCCACCAAAGGUGGUGCUCCACCAUGUUCCUCAGCCACUAAAGGUGACGGUCCAUAACCUGACUCAGCCAUCACCAAAGUCUCUCCAGCUGCCAGCUUAUCACCAGGGAAAGCAACUAUCUCAUCACCAGUCGCCACAGCAAUCAGCUCAGCAGCUGACCCAUAACCAGUUGAGGCAGCCAUAUCACCAGCCCCAACAACCAACUCAGCAGCUUUCACAGCAAGCAGCCCAGGUGAAACAGCGUCCACAGCAGACACAACUGCAACCAAAGCAACAACAGCAACCACAGCAGCAGCAACAGCAAUUCAAAGACCAGGAUAAGACCAAGGAUCCAGUCCUGACUGAGUGGCAGAAAUGCAAGGAGCAACAGAAAGAGCAGAAAAAGAAACCUGAGGAUAAAAAACCAGAAGAUGCUCCACAGGUUAAAAGAUUUCAUCGGACCCUUCCCAAAGAUCAAGCUCAGCUCUUAUUUCUACAAUAUGAUCACAAGCCACAGAGCAAAGAAACUUCAAAGGCUUUGAAAAAGACUCCGACUUCUUCCCCAAGCACCUCAAAGAAAGAGAUGAACACUAAGACAAAGAAAUCUGAUGGUGCCCAGACACCUUUCAAUUGGACCCUUGCUCUUGCCCAUGACUCUGCUCCCCAAAUUCGAGUGAUUUCUGGCAGUAGCUCUAGUCCUUGUACACCAGCUUUGCAGAGGACAGGAAUAACAAAGAAUGAGAACCUUCGACUGAGUAAAGAAAACCAGCACAGCUACUCCCUCUCAGACAUGGCCAUCAGACCUAAAACCGCGGCGCAAGAUGAUGUCUUUAGCAGCAUUUCCCCAGCUGAAGAUCAGCCUCCAAAGGUCCCAGAAAGAACGACCUCAAGAUUCCGCAGCAAGGAUAUCAUCAACCAGGCCCGUCGCCACCCAAUUAGUUCACAGCAGCCGUCCUCUGGGGGAUGGGCUCAGAAGCCAAAGAGUGGCAGUAAAGUCACUGGCAACAGACAGUGGGCAAUGGAAUGUCGUGUGACCAACAGACCAACAUCAGGCUCUUCCAGGCGUGAACUUCCCCUGACCAGAGUCCUGGAGCCACUGUACAAAAAUGGUGAACGUCCCCCUCCACCGGUACAGAUCCUAAUGACAAGCUCUAAGAACAAGACAUCCAAGAGCAUCUCCUCUUCCACUUCAUCAUUCACCUCGUUUUUCGAUCCCAGAAUUCUACAGUUCACACCUCCUACCAGCCCUUCAAGACGCAUCUUUGGCGCCUGUGAAGAGAAAUCUGGAUUUCGUCGUAGAAAAUCGAGGAAAACCUCUAUUGUCAACGUCAACCCUAUCAACGCUCGCCCACAGAGCGACAGUCCUGAAAUCCGCAAAUACAAAAAGAAGUUCAGCUCAGAGGUCCUCUGUGCAGCUUUGUGGGGAAAGAAGAAUAAGCUGCGGGUGUACUACUUGUCCUGGCUGAGAAACAAGAUUCUGCGUAAUGAUCCUGAGAUGGGAAAAAGACAAGGUUGGAUCUCUGUGGGAGACCUGGAAGGCUGUGUGCACUACAAAGUCGUUAAAUAUGAGAGAAUCAAAUUUCUCGUUGUCGCUUUGAGGAAUUCAGUCGAGGUCUAUGCGUGGGCACCGAAGCCAUACCACAAGUUUAUGGCCUUUAAGUCGUUCCCCUCCCUUUAUCAGAAGCCUCUGGCAGUUGACCUCACGGUGGAAAACGGACAGAGACUGAAAGUGAUCUACGGCUCAGUAGCAGGAUUCCAUGCCAUUGAUGUUGAUUCUGGGAUGGUUUAUGACCUAUAUCUACCAACUCAUAUCCCAGGAACCAUCCAACCACAUACUAUCAUCAUCCUGCCCAAUACCAGUGGCACAGAGCUUCUGCUCACCUAUGAAGAUGAAGGCGUCUAUGUUGACAUAUAUGGACAUUUCACUAAGGAAUCAAUUUUGCAGUGGGGAGAAACUCCAGCAUGUGUGGCCUAUCUCCAGUCAAACCAGGUCAUGGGCUGGGGAGAAAAAGCAAUUGAGCUCCGCUCUGUAGAAGCUGGAAACCUGGAAGGAGUGUUCAUGCACAAGAAAUCCCAGAAGCUCAAAUUUCUGUGUGAACGAAAUGACAAGGUAUUCUUUGCCUCUGUCCAAUCUGGCUCCAGUCAGAUUUAUUUUAUGACCCUUGGGCAAAAUACGCUCUUCAACUGGUAAAAGCCGGAAGAAAUGGUUGGAUAUUUCCAGAGAUUGAAACCAUGUCAAAUACAAUGAAGUUUGCACACAUGCACACAUUUGCACUUUUCAUCUGCAAAUAUCUUGUCAUUCAUUCAGUUAUCUUUCCAUUCUAUUGUUCAGGAAAAUGAUGA